AGAAUUAUAUUGGAUUUGAGAUGAAUUACAAUAGAAUAAAAUUCUUCUAUUUAUAGGGAGAAAGUGUGUUAACCACCAAGUAACAAAUACUAAGAUCUCUCUAAAAUAUAAACAUUUAUCUUAAAUAUAAUUUUAUUUAUAAUAAUUAUUUAAUUACGAUUAAGUAAUAUGUGAGGAUUCAUAUUAUUUAAUAUGUUUGUUGUUGUUGAUUAAGUAGAAAAUGUGUGCCUGUCUAUCCCAAUCGAAUCGCUAGGCCCAAAUGUAUUAAUUUGGGUCAUAAUACAAGAAAACCACCCACAAAAUUCAAAAAUCCAGUAUCAAACAGUCAAUUAAUUCUCUUAAACUAAAAGAAUCACAAAUAAAAAAAGCAAUUUUAAACUCAAAGAAAUGAUGCUUUUCUGUGUUAUGUCAUAUCGUCAAUAAAAAUUAAUUAAACUAAAAUUAAAAGUCGUCGUCUUCUUCCAACUGGCCGACGGCUUUUCCAAAUUUUCUCAGUCCACUUUCUCUCUCUAGAUCAGCCUUCUCUCUCUCUCUAGAUCAGCCUUCUUUCUCUCUCUACCUAUACAUACACAUCUAUAUAUCUAUACAUUUCGUGCGCAAAACACGUAGAGCCGCCAUUACCGUUCGUAAUCUGGACCUCGAUCUUUCUUUGUGGACCGUCGGAUCAAAGAAAAAGACAGAGUGAGAGGACCUUAUCGGCUGGAUCUGAACGGAAAUGGCGUUAUCUGGAAUGAGAGGAUUGUCGGUGUUCAUAAGCGACAUUCGUAAUUGCCAGAACAAAGAACAGGAACGCCUUCGUGUCGAUAAAGAGCUCGGCAAUAUUCGUACUCGCUUUAAAAACGAAAAG